ACUUUAAGAACGUCACUGUUAUUGUUUCUCCGCCUCCGCCAUUUCUGUUUUUAUAACCACAGAAAAUUUACGUUGAUUGCAUUGCUGUUCGUAAUAAUUAUGAGUGUAACAAUAGAAAAAACGAAAUAUGAAUGUGCGGCAUUGCCUAAACGAUGGCAUCGAGAGGAUAUGUUACGUAAAACGGGUAUCACCGUCGGUAAAGUGGACGUUAUGUAUUAUAGCAGAGGUGUUCGCAAUGAUGCAUCCCUGGUGCCCCCAAUCAGACAAACGGCUUCAAUUUUCAAACAACCUGUUACAGUCUAUAAAACUCAAGAAGGUAGGGUAAAAACCGACUUUAAACACGGAUCGCAAGAGAAACCUAAACAAUUGAUAUGGGAGAAACGAUUGGAGGGUUUGCGUGCGUGCGAUCUUGACGGUGUCGAGUUUGAGGCGAUGGAAUUACCGAAAGGUUUGAAAGCGGUGGGGCCCAAUGUUUGUGAGGAAACAAUUAUUCAAAGUGUCGCUACAGCACUUCAUGUUUCGGCGCAACCGAUCACGGGCCAGACUGGGUCUCGUACAUCGCUAGAAAAAAAUCCUGGCGUAUUUUUAGAUCCUAAGCAACCUCUUGUACAGGCCGUUAAUAUUCAAGACGAUGAUAUUCGAAGACAAGAAGAUCGAGUCGCCGCGGCCAGAAAGAAAUUGCAAGAAGCUUUAAAAGACUGACUCUACGUUUUUGGCGGUGUAUUUAUUUACGUAGUUUUUAAGGUGAAAUAUUGGUGAUACAAAUAUGUGAUGUAUUCACAAUAAUCUCUUGUAUUUAUUUAAUCUCUCGCUUAAUUCUCUUCUAUUACAUACAACUUUUGUUUGUAUUGAAUGCA